GCCCCUCUCCGCGCCCGGCCCCGCGCCGCCCGGCUCCCGCGGGCCGCUCGGUCCCAGUCCCAGGCCGGGCAGCGGGGCUGGCUGGCAUCGCCGGGGAGACGACGGCGACGGGGAGCCCCGCGGGCGGGGAGGGCGGCGCGGGGCAGCGGGCGCGGGGACACCUGCAGGCACAGCCCCAGAGGACCCUUUCUCCUGAACACUGAAGUUAUGGCCCUUUGGAGGUGACCCAGGAGAGAAGACAUGCAGGCCUUGGGUCCUCCAAAUGAGGGCCCCCUGCAAGGACUCGUGGCCUCCCGCAUUGAGACUUAUGGGGGCCGGCAUCGAGCCUCUGCUCAGAGCACUGCUGGCAGCCUCUAUCCCCGAGGAGGCCCCGUGCUGGAUCCCAGUCGCCGACGCCUCCAGCAGUAUGUCCCCUUUGCCAAGGGUUCUGGCCAGGCCCGAGGCCUGUCACCCAUGAGAUUUCGAGACUCAGAGCCCGAGAAGAGGCAUGGGGGCCACACGGGGGCCGGCCCACCUCACUCCCCCAAACUCAAGGAAGUCAGCAAGGCCCACGAGCUGGAGGUGAGGCUGCACACUUUCAGCAUGUUUGGGAUGCCCCGCCUGCCCCCUGAGGACCGGCAGCACUGGGAGAUAGGAGAGGGUGGCGACAGCAGCCUGACCAUCGAGAAGUCCUGGAGGGAGCUGGUGCCUGGGCACAAGGAGAUGAGCCGGGAACUUUGCCACCAACAGGAAGCCCUGUGGGAGCUCCUGACCACCGAGCUAAUCUACGUGAGAAAGCUCAAGAUCAUGACCGAUCUCCUAGCCGCCGGCCUGCUCAACUUGCAGCGAGUGGGACUGCUGACGGAAGUGUCAGCUGAGACCCUGUUUGGAAAUGUCCCCAGCCUGAUUCGAACACACCGGAGCUUUUGGGAGGAGGUGCUGGGGCCCACCCUGGAGGAGACUCGGGCCUCGGGCCAGCCCCUGGACCCCAUCGGCCUGCAAAGUGGCUUCAUGACGUUUGGCCAGCGGUUCCAGCCCUAUGUCCAGUACUGCCUCCGAGUGAAACAGACCAUGGCUUACGCCCGAAAGCAGCAAGAAACUAACCCUCUCUUCCAUGCCUUCAUACAGUGGUGUGAGAAGCACAAGCGAUCCGGGAGGCAGAUGCUAGGUGACUUGCUCAUCAAGCCCCACCAGCGCAUCACCAAGUACCCACUGCUGCUCCAUGCUGUGCUCAAGAGGAGCCCCGGGGCACGAGCCCAAGAGGCCCUGAAUGCCAUGAUUGAAGCUGUGGAGUCAUUCCUGCGACACAUCAAUGGACAAGUCCGCCAGGGCGAAGAGCAAGAGAGCUUGAUGGCUGCAGCCCAACGCAUCGGGCCCUACGAGGUGCUGGAGCCACCCAGUGAUGAGGUGGAAAAGAACCUGCGUCCAUUCUCCACCCUGGACCUGAUGUCCCCUAUGCUGGGGGUUGCCCCUGAGUACACCCGACAGUUGCUGCUGGAAGGACCCGUGCGAGUGAAGGAGGGGCGAGAAGGGAAGCUGGACGUGUACCUGUUCCUCUUCUCUGAUGUGCUCCUCGUGACCAAGCCCCAACGCAAGGCAGACAAAGCCAAGGUCAUCCGCCCCCCUCUCAUGCUGGAGAAGCUCGUGUGCCAGCCCCUGCGAGACCCUCACAGCUUCCUGCUCAUCCACCUCACUGAAUUCCAGUGUGUCUCCAGCGCCCUCAUUGUGCACUGUCCCAGCUCUACAGACCGGGCCCAGUGGCUGGAGAAGACCCGGCAGGCCCAGGUACCUUCCCCUGCUCUGGACAACAGACCACAUCUUAUAAGACUGCUGUCACCCUUGGGAAUAAGUGACUGGAGAGCCAGAAAAAACGGAAUUGGAAAUAUAACUCUGAUGUCAUUUUCCUAUCUGGGUUCAUCCAAUUCAUUUCUUGUGCUGACCCAGAUGCCCCCAGGCUUUCUUGAGGGGUUUCGGGAAGGUCCAGGUGCCCAGGAGCUGCUGCCUCAUAUACCUCAAGCUGUGGAGAACAAUUAGCAUGGCAUGGGCAUCAACCAAUCAGAAGGGAGCGUUGUACUAGAGGUCCUCUGCUGUGCCAGACUGUACCCACUAGUUGCUAGAUCAUGGGGAUGGCAGAAGUGGAUGAGGCCCAGGCAGCAGCCAUUUCCUUACUAGCACAGAAGCCUUCAAUAUUUUAACAAUGAUGUGGCCAUACCAGCAAGGGCUGAUAUCAGUGCUGCCCACAGCAGCCACCCGUUCCUCCCCUUUGCCAAGGCUUGUCUCUGCCUCCAACCUCAGCUCUGCUGCCUUCUCUUCCCUCCCCAAGCUAAUGACCUUCAGUAACUCUUUAUCCUUCAAGGCUGCCCUUGAAAGUGUUGCAGUGACUGAACUAGCACUCAAAGAGCAAGGCCCUGUCCCAGCUCUGCUUCUCCACAGCUGUGGGGCCUUGGGCAAGUCACUUCGCCUCUCUAGGUCUAGGAUUUUUAUCUGUAAAAUGGGCUACCAUUCAUGUUCUCCACGCCAAAGGGUCAUGGUGUGUAUCAAAUGACCACACGUGCAAAGAUCUUUGAAGCUUAUUCAGAUGGCGCUAUUUCAUUCUGAUGGUACCUGUAUGAAAUUGCUGAGGGAGGGAGGAAGACAGACGAUACAAUGCAUCCUCUCCUCAACCUUCUAGGAACUUUCCUCCCUCUGCCCGGGACAAAGCCCACCUCUGCCCAUGUUCUGCCCUCCUGCUCCUCCCAGCUUCAGGGCAGAGGCCCAGGGGUUAGGAGAGAGGUGCUCUUGAAGGAGCAACCAGUACCAAUUCAGAACACUUACUCUACCAUCACCACCAACCAGGGAGGGCUUCCUGAAGGAGGGGGAAGGCCUGAUAAAGGGUCUACCAAGAGGGCAUGAGAAGCAAGACCUGUACAGGUAGGAAAAGGGGCAUUCUGUUCACCCCACUCACCCCCAACACCAGCUCCAGAGUUUGGUGCCACCAGAUCCCCACACCACCCCACUUUCUUACUAUAAGAAGUACCCCCUUGGGCAGUUACUCAACCUUAGAGUCUCCAUGUCUUGGUAGUAAGGGAGGGGUAAAAAUAUCUGGCUAAUGGCGUUUUGUAAAGAUUAAAUAAGGUGAUAUAUGUAACGCACUUAGCAGGGUGCCUGGCAAACAGCAAGUGCUCAGUAAAUGGGAGUGCUUAAUAAUGAGGUGUCCUCUCCCAGGCCACCCUGCAGAAGCUGAAGGAAGAGGAGUACAUCCAACAGAAGAGGGAGCUCCUGGCCCUCUAUCGGGACCAGGACAGGGAGUCCCCCAGCACCAGGCCCUCCACGCCUUCCCUGGAG